AUGUUGAAAUCUGGGCAAAUUAAGUGUAUAAGCUUUCCGUUCAAAACUACUGAAGAAUUUAAAAUUAGCUAUGGAUAUGCAGAUACAGAAUUUGGUGACAUUUUGAUCGGUCUACUUGCGCCUAAUAAAAUAUGUUUUCUACAUUUUGCACAAAAUAAAGACGUUGCUCUCAGUAAUUUAAAAAACUGUUGGCCAAAUGCUAAUUAUUUCGAGGAUUCUAAUUUGGCAGUCAAGACAACUAAAACUAUAUUUGGUAAAGGUGAGAAACGAACGAUGACGUUAUGUCUAACUGGAACAGAGUUUCAACAAAGCGUUUACAAAACAUUGCUUAAAAUACCGUUUGGGGCACAAAUAACAUAUUCUGAAGUUGCUACACUAUUGGGAAAGCCAAGAGCUGUGCGACCUGUGGCAAAUGCUGUAGCUAAGAAUGAUAUUGCAAUAAUAAUACCAUGCCACAGGGUAAUUUCUAAAAGUGGGAACAAAUUUAAGUACGGCUUUGGAAGUUAUAUUAAAAAGCAAUUAUUGGAAUAUGAAAGUGCUAAUCUUUAA